AUGGCCCCCUCGACAACGGUUCCUACAGUCUCGGACAUCGAAGUUCCGGAGACUCUCCUUAAAAAGCGCAAGCAGAACGAAAAGGCACGGGAGGAGCGCCUUGCUGCAGCCACUGCCGCACGUAAGGCAUCAAAGGCAAAGCGCAAGGUGAUUUUCAAACGGGCGGAGAGCUAUGUCAAGGAGUAUCUGUCAAAGGAGAAGGAGGAGAUCCGAUUGAAGCGUGCUGCACGAACAUCUGGUGACUUCUAUGUUCCUGCGGAAGCCAAGGUCUACUUCGUCGUCCGUAUUCGUGGUAUCAACGAGAUUGCACCCAAACCCCGUAAAAUCCUACAGCUCCUCCGCCUCCUCCAAAUCAACAACGGUGUUUUCGUAAAGGUCACCAAAGCUACCCAGCAAAUGCUCCGACUGGUUGAGCCCUACAUUACAUACGGCGAGCCAAAUAUCAAGUCCGUCCGCGAACUCCUUUACAAGCGCGGUUACGGGAAGGUCAACAAGCAGCGUAUUCCCCUGACAAACAAUGCCAUUAUCGAGGAGUCCCUCGGCAAAUAUGACAUCCUCUCUAUAGAAGAUCUCGUUCACGAGAUCGCUACUGCCGGCCCAAACUUCAAGCAGGCAUCCAACUUCCUCUGGCCGUUUAAGUUGUCGAACCCUAACGGUGGCUGGAGGACGCGCAAAUUCAAGCACUUCGUGCAAGGUGGUGACUUUGGUGACCGAGAGGCUAACAUCAACAAGCUCAUCCGCCAAAUGAACUGAGUGUGUUUUUAUUGUGGUCCGACGGUGGGGUAGUGGCGAGAUGGAGUAGUCACAAGGUAUGCUUGGCAUGAAAUUCAUCAUGUUCCUCUAUUUUUGCCAUGUAUGCACUAUGAAAACACGUAUGGAUUUCUUCCAACACUUCAGCAUUCAAUUGGCAUGUUAAGACGUGUAUUAUAUUCUACGUUGCUGUAA